CUUCCGCCCCAGCGCCAAGAUGGCGGCGCGCUUAUCCACGCCCUCUGUACACGGCGCCGCUUCCGGGCCCGGUGAUGGCGGACGAGGCCGCACGUCGCGCGGUGGCGGCGGUGCCGCUGUUACGGAGCGCGGCGGGUCCCCGGGACCGGGAGCGUUGGGCCGAGCGGCUCAAGGAGGAAUACCAGGCCCUCAUCCAGUACGUGGAACACAACAAGCAGUUGCCCCCCCCCCAACCUCCAUGCAGAGGGGGUAAAAUCUGCCUCAGCGACCACUUCAAACCUCUGUGGGCCCGAAACGUCCCCAAGUUCGGGUUGGCGCAUCUCAUGGCACUGGGGUUGGGUCCAUGGCUGGCGGUGGAGAUCCCCGACCUCGUGGCCAAAGGGCUCAUUCAGCACAAGGAGAAGUGAGCCGUGCUCGUUAUGGAAGGGGGGGCUUCGUUCUCCAUCAUAGGAGGUGAUGCCCCCCCCCACCCCAACCCCCCCAACUUCCAUCUGUGCCCCCUCCAAUAAACUCUGCAGCCCUCAC